AUUUUAGAGAGGGUUGGAAACGGCACUGUGCGGGCUCGGGGUUCCGCCUGUGGACGGCUUGUCAGAUCCUCCAGCCGACACAGCCUGCUAUCCAUCCCGUUUAACCGUCUCUAAAAUAAUAAACCAAACAAAGCGUCAGAAAACCCCGGAGGAGCGAUGGCUGGACGGUUACCGGCGUGUGUUGUCGACUGCGGGACAGGUUACACCAAACUGGGGUAUGCAGGGAACACAGAGCCACAGUUCAUCGUCCCAUCAUGUAUUGCCAUCAAAGAGUCAGCCAAGGUCGGAGACCAGGCCCAGCGGAGGAUGAUGAAGGGGGUGGAUGACUUGGAUUUCUACAUCGGCGAUGAAGCAGUAGACAAACCCACAUAUUCCACUAAGUGGCCGAUCCGUCAUGGAAUCGUGGAGGACUGGGACCUCAUGGAGCGCUUCAUGGAGCAGAUCAUCUUCAAGUACUUGAGGGCUGAGCCUGAGGACCACUACUUCCUCCUCACAGAGCCUCCACUCAACACGCCAGAAAACCGAGAGUACACCGCCGAGAUCAUGUUCGAGUCCUUCAAUGUGCCGGGGCUCUACAUCGCUGUGCAGGCUGUGCUCGCUCUAGCGGCCUCCUGGACGUCCAGACAAGUGGGAGAGAGGACGCUGACGGGCACCGUCAUCGACAGCGGAGACGGCGUCACUCACGUCAUCCCCGUGGCUGAAGGUUACGUAAUCGGCAGCUGUAUAAAGCACAUCCCCAUCGCGGGCCGAGACAUUACCUACUUCACCCAGCAGCUCCUGAGGGAGAGGGAGGUGGGCAUCCCACCGGAGCAGUCGCUGGAGACGGCCAAGGCAGUGAAGGAGCGGUUCAGCUACGUGUGCCCGGAUCUAGUCAAAGAGUUCAACAAGUACGACACAGACGGCUCCAAGUGGAUCAAGCAGUACACCGGCAUCAACGCCAUCAGCAAGAAGGAGUUCACCAUCGACGUGGGCUACGAGCGCUUCCUGGGGCCGGAGAUCUUCUUCCACCCCGAGUUUGCCAACCCUGACUUCACUCAGCCUAUCUCUGAGGUGGUGGACGAAGUCAUUCAGAACUGCCCCAUCGACGUCAGGCGUCCUCUGUAUAAGAACAUCGUUCUGUCGGGAGGCUCCACCAUGUUCAGGGACUUUGGGCGCCGUCUGCAGAGAGACUUAAAGAGGACGGUUGAUGCCCGGCUGAAGAUGAGUGAGGAGCUGAGUGGAGGCAAGCUCAAGCCCAAACCAAUCGACGUCCAGGUCAUCACUCAUCACAUGCAGAGAUACGCAGUGUGGUUCGGUGGAUCCAUGUUAGCAUCAACUCCUGAGUUCUACCAGGUUUGCCACACCAAAAAGGACUACGAAGAGAUCGGGCCGAGCAUCUGUCGCCACAACCCCGUGUUCGGAGUCAUGUCUUAACUUUUGGACCUUUACAAGUCUAACGGUUGCGGGAGGAGGGGAGGGGGGCCGAGCUUUUUCGAUUACUCGUUCAGUUACGGAGGUGUGCGACGAGAAGGCGAUCCAGAAAGAGAAAAUACAAAAAAAAAAAAAAAGGAAAAGACACCAGACCAAACACAGAUGGGCUGGAAAUUUUAUUGUGAAUGUUCCUUUUUUUCCCCCCCUGUUUCUUUCUUUCUUUCUAUUUUUUUCUUUCUUUUUCUUUUAAAAAUGAGGGAAAACGGUUUGUAAGCCAAAACAGUUUUAACAUUUCUGGAUCUGUUGAGAGAUGAUGAGGAUGAGGAUGGCGUUGGCGGAUGUUGACAUAGGAUGAUGAAAAAACUAAUUCCUGACACCAGAACAUAUUAUUUAUGUUUAUCCAGACAAGAUCCGAUGACUCUCGAGGUCAAGUUUAGAACAUAUUAUUGUCUCCUUUUUGUUUCCAGCAGUUUCUUUUCAGCUUCAAAUGCACAUCUCUGUGUAUCACCGUAAGAGCUUGUUUAUAUUUCAUACAAAAGUUUUUUAUAUGUAAAACUUGGGAAAUCAGGGGUAAAAAAUGAAUAAAUAAUAAUAAUAAUAAUAAAACAAAAAAAAAGGAUACCAGUAUCAGCAAGAGACUGUUUUAAUCCACGGUGCAGCUUUGAUACGCAGUAUUUUAUUAUUUUUUUUCCUGCUAUUAUUCCCCACGUGUCAUCGCUGUCUGCCCUUUAAUUCUCUGUACAUGAAUUCACAUCUGCUUUCACUUCGGACCGUGUCAGGUUUCCACCUCUGGUGCAGUGAGAGGAAAGAGAGAGAGAAAGAGAGAGAGAGGACUUACUGAGGUUACAAAAAAAAAAAGAAACUGAAUAAGAAUGACUGUCAGACCAGUAUUGUUAGACUAGAAUUUUUUUUAUUAAAUACCAAAUUAUUAAAAGAAUGGGAUUUGUGUAUUUAAUGCCUUGCAACAUUCCAAUAAAGGCUCCAAUUUGUUUCUAAGCA